AUGCAAUUUGCAAAUGUUGUUAUCCGAUGCGGACAGUGGUGGAAGAAAGCGUGGGAGCAGCAAGCAGCUGGACGAGUUCACCGACCAGGGCAACAGAAGCCUACCUUAUCUACGAACUCAGAGCCCAGGACUUUGCCUUGGGGAAUUACAAGAUGGAGGACAAAGGAUGGUAACGGUAAAAUUUCAGGGUAUUUUGUCCUAAGAGAGGCCUAA